CCCUCCCACAUCGUAUGUUCACUGCACUCGCACCCCUUCGCUCUCUUUCCCCCUUUCUGAAGAACUCCUUCGCUUCUUUCUCAAGUAGAUUUGGAUUCAACAUUACAUUGAAUGUUAGAGCCUCGUUUAUUUAGACAUGGAAGUGAUUCACGAGGGUGUCUUAGAGAUUGGUGUUAAACCUGAUAGCAAAUCAAGCAAAGAUUGGACUUCGAGAUUAUUCGUGUUGAAAAACUACACCUCCACUGGUCGAGCUACACUCGAUUUUUAUAAAAGCACAAAGAAAAGGUGGCAGAAGCAGUCGAUAAAAGGUGUCAUCUCCUUGUGGCCUAGCUUCAGCCUCUCCAUAGCUCACCAAUGCAGCUAUAAAUUCACACUGAGACUAGAGACGCCAGAACAAAUUGUUUUCUUGGCUGCUCCAUCGCAAGCGUUAAUGAACAGGUGGUAUUAUUUCAUUCAAACACAGCAUAUCUUGGUACCCAUGCAUGACAUGUAUUUAUUCAACGUUCAAGGAAGAGAUUCCGAAUUUAUGAAUAUAAUUGGCGCUGUGGGCGACUGUCAACUUGUAAUAACGACGGAGUGUAGAUUGAUGGCUAUAAAACUUCCAAAAAAGGAAGUCCUCUGUAUUUGGCCUUUUGAUACAUUAAAGACGUUUUCAUACGGGGGCGGGCUGUUCUCUUUCACGUCCGGUCGCCAUUCACCACACGGGCCUGGGGACUAUGCAUUCAUUACAACACAGGACAAAUUGAUCCACGAUUCAUUGCAGAAGUCGAUUGAUAAAGCACGAAGAGGCAGUACUAUAUCUUCAGGUAGUUCCAGUCAUCUCAGUGUAUCCGAACGCCCACCUGCUAAAUUACCUUCACCAGGUGGGCUGUUCAUGCAUAACGAAAGAGACGAAGACAGUAGCUCGGAUGUUGUAACUAGCAGUAGCGAGGAAAAUCAAUUAGGAGGUGUGGUUUUGGGCGUAGCCUCUAAUAAUAUAUACACAGAGGCUGACGUGUCUCCUUCCCAUCCUCCCCCACUGCCUAAUCAACCUCCACCUAAGGUACCACCAAAAGGAUUGCCUGGGGCGGUGCCAGGGAAGGCGUGGCUUCAUGAUCGAUAUCAGUCUGCAUCGCCAGAAGUGGAUAUGACUGGUAACGAAACCGGAGGAGAUCAUUUAUAUUCUCAUACAGUUCAUCCUGGUAAGGUCACUAGUCCAGUCGAAGAAAAUCCGUCAAUUUAUAAUGCUUUGGUACAUAACGGGAAGACUGCAAGUGCCAAUUACGAAUUAGCGUAUCCCAAACCGGCCCAACAGGUAAUUCAAGGGACUGAAAAUUACUCGUUCAUAUCUCAAGACUCAGCGAAAAAAAACACCAAGCCAGUCGAUAUUGCUCCUCCUGCCCUGCCCAUAAGUCCCGUUGGCAUGACGACCAAUCCCUUAUAUGGCUCGAGCGGUAAUCUUUUAGAAGCAGUCGAGUCUGCGUCCUCACUGUCUCCUAGCAACAAGCCACUCCCACCAGAAUUGGUCACCGAUCCACUUCCUUCUAGUGAUCCUCUUUCUGAAGUGCAAAAUGUACCACAAGAAGAGAAACCCAAACAGCCUACAAGACCGGACGUUACAGCUAACCCUACUUACGUUACAACAACUUUAAAAGAAGCUCCACCUACAGCUCCUACAACCGAAAACAACCAGCCCACCAUCACGACUGCUAUCACUGAAAACGAUGAUCCCAAGCCCCCGCCAAUACGUGAAUAUUCAAAGGUAUCUAAACCGGUCCCGUUCCCAGAGGUUAGUAAUGGGUCUGAGAAUAUUCCAGGGUCCCUUGGCUCUGAUAUCAUAGCUAGUUCGGUUAGUUCUGAUCCACCUCCCAUACCUGAGAGAGAGUACAGUUUCAGUGAUUGUGACAAUACCAACUGACUAUUAAUCUUAUCCCAAUAUCCUGUUCAAUAAUAUCGUCAUUAAUUUAUUAUUAUUAUUAAAUUUUUUGAUUUUAUUUCUUUCCAUUAUCUAGAUUUUUAUUAUAACGUU